AAAGGAAAAAAAAUUUAAUUAAUAUAUUAACGAUGCUUUCUCUCUCCCUUCCCUCCCUCCUAAUAAAAUCAAAAUCUAAACAGCGGAGACCGCAACAACACUCUCUCUCUCUCCACAAACCCACAUGUUAAGCGGCGUCACUCACAUUACUUAACGCGUUCUCUCUAAAAAUAUCUUCCUUCAGUUUCGAUUCUAUCCAAAGCUAUAACACCCUGCAUCGCAACCCUAUUAUCACUAACCUGCAUCCACACCCCAUUUUCACCGCUAAACCCAAAUUUUGUAUUAUUUCAUUUCAACCAAUCAUAUUUCAUUUUCUCUUCCUUAUAGCCACGAAAUUGCCGCUGUUUAACACCGUGGCUUCGUUGUUAAGUCUAAAAAUCGAUACUUUUAUUUUUAUAUAUAUUUUUGUUUGCUUAUUAUAAGUCUUCCAUUCAUUCAUUCAUUCAAAAUCUAUAACCAAAAGACACAUUAUAGAGAGAGAAAAUUAAAAAUAAAAGGGUCAUUUCAUUUCAUUUCAUUAGAUCUCUGCAAAACAAAGGCAUUUUUCAAGGACCCUUUUUGGUUGUUAGUCUUUCAUAACAACCAUUAAAGGGAUUUCCUUGUUUUCAUAAAUUUGUUUACAUUGUUGCAGGAUCUGAUUUUGAUUACAGAUUCAGAUACCCUUUUGUGAGUUUUGUAUUUUUCUCAUCUUAUUUUCAUUUGGGUUUUCGUUUUUUUUUUUGUCGGUGUUGGCAUUACCAUGGAGGUUGAUAAGAAGAAAUACAUAACAUCUGAUGAACUGAAAAAGCAUGACAAAAAAGGGGAUCUAUGGAUCUCAAUUCAGGGUAAGGUUUAUAAUGUUUCAGAUUGGGGUAAAGAUCAUCCUGGUGGAGAAGUUGUUUUGUUGAAUCUUGCUGGUCAGGAUGUAACUGAUGCAUUCAUUGCAUAUCAUCCUGGUACAGCAUGGAAACAUCUUGAUCAGUUUUUCACUGGCUAUUAUCUUGAAGAUUUUAAGGUAUCUGAGGUUUCUAAAGAUUAUAGGAGACUUGUUUCUGAGUUUGUCAAAAUGGGUUUGUUUGAAAAGAAAGAACAUGUUGCUUUAUUCACAUUAACAUCUGUUGCUAUUAUGUUUUCUCUUGUUGUUUAUGGUGUUGUUGGUUGCACAAGUAUUUGGGCUCAUUUAGCUUCUGGUAUGUUGUUGGGUUUGCUUUGGAUGCAAAGUACUUAUGUUGGUCAUGAUUCUGGUCACUACGAGGUUAUGUCCAGUCCAGGUUAUAACAAAUUAGCACAAAUCAUUUGUGGUAAUUGUUUAACUGGUAUAAGCAUUGCUUGGUGGAAAUGGACUCAUAAUGCUCAUCAUAUUGCCUGUAAUAGUCUUGAUUAUGAUCCUGAUUUGCAGCAUAUACCUGUUUUCGCUGUCUCAUCGCGAUUAUUUGGUUCAAUCAAAUCUUAUUUCUAUGAUAGACAGUUAAAGUUUGAUGCUUUGUCAAGGUUUCUUAUCAGUUAUCAGCAUAUUACUUUUUACCCUGUCUUGUGUUUUGCAAGGCUUAACUUGUACCUUCAAACAUUUUUGCUCUUGUUCUCGACAAGGCGAAAUGUUCCCGACAGACUUUACAACAUCAUGGGAAUCCUUGUGUUUUGGACUUGGUUCCCUCUUUUAUUGUCAUGCCUCCCAAGUUGGUCAGAAAGGCUCAUGUAUGUUCUUGCUUGCUUUGUUGUUUGUUCCAUCCAACAUCUUCAAUUCUGUUUGAACCAUUUCGCUGCAAACGUGUAUGUCGGUCCCCCGAGUGGAAAUGAUUGGUUUGAGAAACAAACAGCUGGAACAUUGGAUAUCUCUUGUUCAAAAUGGAUGGAUUGGUUCUUUGGUGGGUUGCAAUUUCAGCUUGAACAUCAUUUGUUUCCAAGGCUUCCAAGGGCUCAAUUGAGGAAAGUUUCACCAUUGGUGAUUGAUCUUUGCAAGAAGCAUAAUUUGCCUUAUAGAAGUUUGACAUUUGUUGAAGCAAAUCUUUGGACUCUUAAGACUCUUAGGACUGCUGCUUUGCAAGCUAGGGAAAUCACCAACUCUUCUCCACAGAACUUGUUAUGGGAAGCUUUUAAUACUCAUGGUUGAGCUUCAGAUGAUAGCAUAUGGAUUUUGAGUAAUGAAGAGAAGAUUAUGUUAUGAUCAAGUUUUUUUCUUUUUAUUAUUAUCAAACAUCAUGUUAUUGUCAGGAUGUUAAAGUAUGUUUUGAAUUCAAUUUCUCUCUUUUUUUAUUAGGUGUUGUGUUGUAAUAAUUGAUGAUGUUAUGAUCACUGUUUAUGUGUUCUACCAUCUGAACAGAAAAAUAUUCAGGUUAUAUUUGCAUAUUCUUAUUAUACCUCUUUUCUUUUUA